GCGUCCCAAGAUGGCGUCGUGGCUGCCGGAGACUCUGUUCGAAACUGUAGGACAAGGCCCGGCUCCGAGCAAAGACUAUUACCAGUUAUUGGUCACCCGGUGCCAGAUAAUCUUUAGAUGGUGGAAGAUCUCUCUAAGGAGUGAGUAUCGAGCAGCAAAACCCGGAGAAACCAAAGAAAGUCAUGAAGACUUCCUAGAGAAUUCACAUCUUCAAGUUCAAGUUGCCUUGAUAUUUGGUGCAAGAAUAUUAGACUAUGUCCUCAAUUUGUGCCAAGGUAAAUAUGACUUCCUUGAACGGCUCUCGGACAGUUUGCUCCUGAGUAUCAUUUCCUACCUGGAUCUUGAAGAUAUUGCCAGACUUUCGCAAACGUCGCACAGAUUUGCAAAGUUGUGCGUGUGUGACCAACUGUGGGAGCAGAUUGUCCAGUCUGCUUGUGACACCAUCACCUCCGACAUGAGGGCCCUGGCCGAGGACAUCGGCUGGAAGCAGAUGUUCUUCACCAACAAGCUCCAGCUCCAGCGGCAGCUCCGCAAGAGGAAGCAGAAACGUGAGAGCCUGAGACGGCAGCAUCAGCCUUAGGGACACGUCCUCCUACCGCAG